AUGAGGAACCAUACACAAAUAACAUUAUUCAUACUACGGGGAUUGACAGAUGAUCCAUAUCUGCAGGUUCUGCUUUUUAUCUUUCUAUUUUUGACCUAUAUGCUGAGUGUAACUGGAAACCUGACCAUCAUCACCCUUACUUUAGUUAAUCCCCAUCUUAAAACCCCCAUGUAUUUUUUCCUUAGGAACUUUUCUUUCUUGGAAUUGUCAUUCACAACUGUCUGUAUUCCCAGAUUCCUGUACUGCAUGUCAACUGGGGAUUACACUGUGACCUAUAAUGAAUGUGCCACCCAAUUAUUUUUUGGUAUCCUCCUUGGAGCCUCAGAAUUUUUUUUACUGGCUGCUAUGUCUUAUGAUCGGUAUGUGGCUAUCUGCAAACCCCUGCACUAUACAACCAUUAUGAACAGCCGAGUCUGUAAUCACCUCCUGGUGGGUUGUUGGUUUUCUGGGUUGAUGAUUAUCCUUCCACCACUUAGCCUGGGUCUUCAACUAGAAUUCUGUGAUUCCAACAUCAUUAACCAUUUUGUCUGUGAUGCAUCACCACUGCUGGAGAUCACGUGCUCUGAUACAGAGUUUAUAGAAAGGAUGGUUUUAGCCUUUGCUGUGUUGACACUCAUCAUCACCUUAAUUUUAGUAAUUUUGUCCUAUGGCUAUAUUAUCAAUACUAUUCUGAGAUUCCCCUCUGCCCAGCAAAGGAAAAAAGCCUUUUCCACCUGUUCUUCCCACAUGAUUGUUGUCUCCAUGACUUAUGGCACAUGUAUCUUUAUCUAUAUGAAACCUUCUGCAAAAGAAGGAGUGGCUUUGAACAAGGUGGUAUCAGUGCUUGCAACCUCUGUGGCCCCAGUGAUGAAUCCCUUCAUUUAUACCCUCAGAAAUAAGCAAGUUAUCCAAGCUUUUAGAGAUUCUUUCAAAAAGUGUAUAUUGGUUUCAAAAUUAUAA